AUGGUUACUAUGAUCAACCUGCUUUCGGUUGCUAGCUAUGAAAGCAUCCUGAUAGCGGCAGACGCGAUCAGCGUGGAGCUAUGCAAGAAGCUCCGAAACCCAGCCAAAACCGCCUCCGGCUCUGUGUCCGACACCGUUCUCGAUACCCCGCCCCGCGUGGGGCUCUACGCUGCUCCGGGCCCCGAAUACCUGGCGGCCACUUGGGCGGUGUGGCAGGCAGGCGGCAUUGUCGUACCGCUGGCUACGUCGCACCCGCCGCCGGAGCUGUCAUAUGUGUGUCAGGAUGCCGGUGUGUCGGCGGUCCUCACACCCCCCGACCAAGAGGCUCGACUGGGCCCUAUCGCGAGAGAACACGGUGCCGUGCUGCAGCUCCUGGAGCCCCUGACCGGCGGUAGCAGUAGCGGCAACAGCGGUGCCGGCCGUACUGUAGCGAGCGAGGCGGACGUAGCUACGGAAGAGGAGGGUUUGGUUUCGGAGCUGGGUGGUGAUCUCAGCGGCAGUAGCCCCACUGGCGCCCUCAUCAUCUACACCAGCGGCACCACCGGGAAGCCCAAGGGGGCGCUGCACACACACAGGAGCCUCCACGCCCAGUCCGGCGACAUCUCCGUCUUCAUGGGGGUGCCCACCAUGUACUCGUACCUGCUGGCGCAGUACGACAGUACGGCAGCCACUAACCCACAAAAAGCCGAAGAGAUGCGGGAGGCGGCCCGGGCACUGCGGCUCACCGUCAGCGGGUCCUCCGCUUGCCCCGUGCCCAUCAUGAACAGGUGGCGGGAGCUGAGCGGCGAGUUCCUGUUGGAGCGGUACGGCAUGACAGAGAUCGGGAUGGCGCUGUCCAAUCCGUACAAGGGCGAGCGGCGGCCCGGCUCGGUGGGGGAGCCCCUCCCUGGUGUCGAGGCCCGCAUCGCCCCGGAUGGUGAGCUGCUGGUCCGCGGCCCCACCGUCUUCUCCGGGUACUGGGGGCGACCGGGGGCCACGGACGAGGCCUUCGACGACGAGGGGUACUUUCGAACAGGUGACACGGCCAGCACCUCGGGCUCGCCGCCGUACUUCACUAUUGAGGGCCGUACAAGUGUUGACAUCAUAAAAUCCAGCGGAUACAAGAUAUCAGCACUGCAGGUCGAGAGCGUGGUUCUGGAGCAUCCCGCCAUCGCGGAGGUGGCCGUGCUGGGGGUCCCGGAUGAGACGUUCGGAGAGGUGGUCACAGCCUUGGUCGCGGUGAAGCAGCCGCCGCCGUCACUACCGCCGGUAGCGGCAGCUUCGUCGGCGGCUACGGCAGAGGAACCUGCUACGACGACAACGGUGGCGGCGGUACGGCCUGAGGUGGGGGAGCUGCAGCGGUUCUGUCGAGAGCGCUUGGCGCCGUACCAGGUCCCCAAGCGCUGGCACUGGGUUACUGCACUGCCCCGCAACGCCAUGGGAAAGGUGAACAAGAAGGAGCUGCUUCGAAUGCUGCAGGAGGGCCGGCUGGCGGCCGUGGCAUAUGACAAGCACCUCUUUCCCAGCGCUUGCAACCACCUGCACAACCACCUGCACAACUAA